GUCACUAUGGCAUUCUUCUGCGUUCAUCAUUUCCUAUGUGUUACACUGCUUCUUACUUCAACGGCCAUUCAAGCUGCAGCCAUAUUCAACGCCGAUAUUACUACUCAGUUUGAAUAUCUCAACCGUUCAGCUUUCCCACACGGUUUCAUUUUUGGGACGGCAUCUUCUUCUUACCAGGUGGAAGGUGCAGCAAAUGAAGGUGGCAGAGAACCAAGUAUAUGGGAUACUUUCACUCAUAAAUAUCCAGGUAAGAUAUAUGACGGAAGUAACGGAGAUGUAGCCGUUGAUGAAUAUCAUCAUUAUAAGGAAGAUGUUGAGGCCAUGAAGGAUAUGAACAUGGAUGCUUAUAGAUUCUCAAUCUCUUGGUCCAGAAUACUACCAAAGGGAAGACUUAGUGGAGGUGUGAACAAGGAAGGAAUAAAUUAUUAUAAUAACCUCAUCAAUGAGCUGCUAGCCAAAGAUAUUCAACCUUUUGUCACAAUUUUUCAUUGGGACCUUCCUCAGGCCUUAGAAGAUGAAUAUGGUGGCUUUUUAAGCCCUAAGAUAGUGAAUGAUUUUCAGGACUAUGCUGAGGUUUGCUUUAAGGAGUUUGGUGAUAGAGUGAAGCACUGGAUUACAUUCAAUGAGCCAUGGUCCUACAGCAAUCAUGGCUACGCAAAAGGAAGUUAUGCGCCAGGAAGAUGUUCGGCCUGGCAGAACCUUAGCUGCACCGGUGGAGAUUCAGGCACUGAACCCUAUAUUGUGACACACCAUCAGUUACUAGCUCAUGCAGUUGCUGUAAACGUCUACAAGACUAAGUAUCAGGCAUCUCAGAAGGGCUUGAUAGGCAUAGCGCUGAAUUGUUACUGGAUGGUGCCAUUACAUGAUACAGAAUUGGAUAAACUUGCUGCACAGAGAGCCCUUGAUUUCAUGCUUGGAUGGUUUAUGGAGCCAAUGACAAAAGGAGACUACCCAAGCUCCAUGCGGUCUCUGGUGGGAAGUAGGUUGCCAAAGUUCUCUUCAUAUCAAUCAUGGCUUUUAAGAGGGUCCUUUGAUUUUAUUGGAUUAAACUACUACACCUCGUACUAUGCUGCUGAUGCACCAGAACUAAGUAAAGCGAAGCCUAGUUUUCUCACGGAUUCUCUAAUUGCUCUUACAAAUGAGUAUAAUGGAAUACCUAUUGGUCCAAAGGGUGCUUCAGAUUGGUUGUCUGUUUAUCCAGAAGGAAUUCGCAACCUUUUGUUCUAUUUCAAAUCAAAUUAUAAUAACCCUUUGAUCUACAUCACUGAAAAUGGUAUAGAUGAACUCAAUGAUCCAACACUACCACUUGAGGAAGCCCUUGCAGACAAAACAAGAAUUGAUUACUAUUCUAUUCAUCUACAAUAUAUUCAAACUGCAAUCAAGGGUGGCGUGAAUGUAAAAGGAUAUUUUGCAUGGUCAUUGAUUGACAACUUUGAAUGGGAUCAUGGCUACACUGUGAGAUUUGGAAUCUACUUUGUAGAUUACGAAAAUGGUCUGAAAAGACAUCCAAAAAAGUCGGCUAUUUGGUUUAAGAAUUUACUACAACGUGAAGUACCUACAUAUAGUGAUUUGCGCUAAGAAUUUGAACAAUUCAUUUAUAAUGUGUGUCUUACAUAAGUAUCAAGUAUGUUUCCUGUGAGAAAUAUGGUUCAAUGGUUAUCAUGCUUAUUCUCUUCACUAAA